UUCCCCAUUCAGGGAUUUCCUACUCUCCGCCUCAGUCAGAUUGGUUAUAAAUAGCUGAGUAACUCUUAUAGCUGUCAUUUUCAGAGCUGAAGACUCAGGCUGUAUAUUUUUCAGAGAGAACAGAGAUCUAGGACAUGAGUUUCCUUGCUUUUUUCAUCGUACAGCAUUUGCAAAAAUUUAGACAAAUGGGAAGAAUAAUUCCAUCAGCAACAGUGCUUUUACUGGUGUUUGUGACUUCUAAUGCUUUUGAAAUUCAUCUUACACCUGAACACAAAGUUGCUGUUCAGCUUGGAAAAAAACUUGAGUUGAUCUGCCAUUCUCGUGACUGUGAGUCCCCAGAAUUCUCCUGGAGAACCCAGUUUGACAACCCCUUAGGUGGGACAACUAACAAUACGAGGAGCAGCUCUGUCUUGACUAUGGAUCCUGUUGAUCUUAAGAAUGAACAUGAAUAUGUCUGCAGUGCAACUUGUGACAAUGUGAAAAAAGAAAAAAACAUCAAGGUUGAUGUUUACUCUUUUUCCAGCGAUCCAGUCAUUGAGUUCAGCACACCAUUGUAUGUCGGAGAAAAAGCCAGUAUCACCUGUAUAGUACACAGAGUGUAUCCUUCUGACCGUUUGGAGAUGCAGCUGGAGAAAGAUGGAUCUGUUCUUGCAAAGAAAGACUUUUCUGCAGAAGAAAUUACCGAAACCACAGAGAUAAAAAGUCUGACAUGGACUUUUAUCCCCACCUUUGAAGACAUUGGGAAAGAGAUUACCUGUGUGGCUGAAUUACCAAUUGAUGACAUGGAAUUUGAGCCCAAAAAAAGACACAUUUCACAGAGAUUGAGUGUAAACUUUGGUCCACAAAACACUAACAUCACUGUGUCUCCAAGCAACACAGUUACACAGGGGGAAACUCUGAUGCUUACUUGUAGGACUACAAGUAAUCCGUCGGCUAGGAUUGUUUGGAGAAAAGAGCUGUCAGAUUCAAGUGUUCAGCACAUUAUAGACAAUGAGACCCUUAUCAUCCCACAUACCCUGAUGAGUGAUUCUGGGCUCUUCAUCUGUGAAGCCAUUAAUGAUGCAAUGAAUAAAACAGAGAGAACAACGGUGGUCAUUUCUGUACAAGCGGCACCAAGAAUUACUGAGUUCUCCAUACAGCCCUCCACAGCUGUUGAAGAAGGAGAUAAUGUUACCAUUCUGUGUUCAGUUGAAAGCAACCCGGCUGCCAGGAUUGUCUUAAGAAGAAAAUCAGACAGUGAAGACACUGUGCUUUAUAGCGAGCAUGGAAUUGUCCAUAUACCAAGUGUGACGUUCCUCCACGCAGGCACCUAUGAAUGUGAAGCAAAGAAUGCACUGGGGGAAAGCAAAAUGGCAGCAGCAUUAAGUGUGGAAUAUGGACCAAGAAACACGACGGUCUCUGUCACCCCCUCCAACUCAGUGAAAGAAGGGGAAGCGGUGACAAUGACAUGCAGUAGCAAUGGUAAUCCAUCUCCAGAGAUCUCCUGGGCUAAGCAAUUGACCAACGGAAAGUCACAGUUUCUUUCUAAAGAUGCAACUUUAACUAUAAAUAAUGUCAAGGCUGAUGACUGGGGGCUUUAUGAGUGUGUAGGAGUGAACCAGUUUGGAAGAGAGAAAAAAACUGUGGAAUUAAUCGUUCAAGAGUUAAUAUAUCCAUCAGACAAUGUUGAUGAAGGGGAAAACGCCACUAUUAUGAGUACAACUUCUAGUAAUCCACUUCCACAAAUUAGCCUGCCAAAAGUCCAGUCAAGCAACACAACGAUCCUUUCAUCACAGAAUGGCUCAUCUACACUUUAUAGUGACACUGAAAAUUACACAAGCACAUACCUGAUUGCUAUUGACAAUGAGGCUGGAAAUAACACUGACGUGAUUGAUACAGUUGUCAUAGCAAUAGUGAAAAAAAAAGAUUAUAUUAUUCCUGUGAUUGUUGUGCUCUCUUGUCUAUCAGCAAUGGCAGUGCCUGCACUUUCAAUAUUGGUUUACGUGUCAAGGAAAGCAAAGAUAAAUGGAUCCUACAGCAUUGUGAAUGCACCAAAACCAUGCGUUUAAUCACAUGAUGAACUUGCAUGAAAUAUUAGGUCAUAGAAUGAAGAAAGUGACUUUCUGUAACACUGUCAUGUGAAAAACUUGAAAAUGAUCUGUACUGUGAUAAGUACUACAGCCUUUACGUUCAAGGCAAAAAUAAGACACUGCCUUAAAACAGGUGAAUCACUUCCAUCUUGAAGCAUGUUCAACUAGAAGAGUUUUUGGAAGAUCUAGGUUUGUAGAUAGUAUAUCAUUUGCUGUACAUAUGUAUUAUAAACAAAUUCGAAUAUCCUAUUACAGCUGUACAUAGAAAUGUGGGGAUUUCUUGAGAGAUAAUACUUUUUGAACUGAUUAUACUUUCUUCCUUAUUUAAUAGUGAGCAUUUUAAAUAUAAUUUGUGAAAA